CCGUAAUGUGAGCACCCAUUUACUGGUAGUAAUAGUAUUGGUAUUAUUACUAGUACUAAUUAAUUCAAUUGGUUGGUUUUGUUUUGAGUUCCGCCACCUUGGUUUCCAGCCGGACGACCGUAAUGUGAGCACCCAUUUACUGGUACGUAGCUGCAAAUGCUCCUAAGGUCAUCAUCUCUCCAUUCUCCUAUUUAAUGUGCUUUAAAGACGAACGAUAUUCACGCCGUACACUUGUAACCUAUGUCUUUGUGCAUGUUACAGUUUAAGUAACGUGUGUCCUCUUCACGGGAGGCUCAUGUGUGCUAGCCUCCAAUUUUUAAAGAGACAGUAGCUCAUGACUACCGAUCUUCAUUCGGAACUUCUCGAGCUAUUUAAAAUAGAAAAAAUGAGGGAGCUUUUGAAACAAGUGCACAAUGCCCUGUUAAAAGUUGCGCUUUUUCCGAGCACUUUUGGAAAAACAAGACCUCGUCCUGCCGCCUCGGAGGUGCUCACCUGCCACCUGGAGCAGCGAAAGCUCCCACCGUGGACUUCUUACUGUGUCCGCUACGCCGCCGUCCACAAUGACCAAUUUGGACUGUCCAACUUCAACUGGAGCGUUCGAGGAGCCAACUACCACAUCCUGAGAACAGGAUGCUUCCCAUUCAUUAAGUACCACUGCACCAAAGCACCAAAGCAGAACCUGGACUUCGAGGACAGCUUUUUCACUCUCCUCAAAGUUAUCAAUCUAGGUAUUCCCUGUCUGGCUUACGGAAUGGGUUGCUGGAUGGUUGUAGGUGCUGCAGAAACAGUCCAGACAAGCGUCGGUCCCGUCAACGUUUAUUUUGCCUACAAGGAAGACCAAGGUGCUCAGUAUUGAGCCCAAAAACAAAACAUUAUUCCAGUGCAAGACUGUCAUUUGUUAUUUUCAAGUUUCAAUGGAAGAGUCGCUCAUGCAUGUUAGCACGCUGACACACAACACUAACAGGGUUUAUUUAGAGAGCACUCUUAAUAUUAAAAAUGGAUGAACAAUUUGCUCCAAAAUGGAUAUUCGGUUGGAGUAACAUUUUAUACUUUUAAUCAAGUGAUGCUCCCUGUACAGUGAAAAGAAAUGUCUUGUAAAUUUGACACAAGAAUUUUGUCAACAAAUCUGAGUGAUUAAAACAAAAAAGACAA